AUGGACUUGUCAAGAGGGAGGAUCUGUUCAUCACAAUUCACAACCAAGCCGUGGAACUCAGAUCAUGGCCAUGUGCUUGAUGCCUGCAAGGAUAGCUUGAAGAAGCUGCAACUCGAUUAUCUCGAUCUCUAUCUUAUUCACUUCCCAGUAACUACUAGGCAUACAGGAGUUGGCACAACUUCUAGUUCUCUUGGUGAUAAUGACGUGCUAGACAUUGAUUCCACUAUUUCAUUGGAAACAACAUGGCAUGCAAUGGAAGAACUUGUUUCCAUGGGACUGGUGCGCAGCAUUGGAAUCAGGCUUUUUAUCUCUCUUAAAGGGAGCAAUGCAAACUGGUUACAAAUGUAA